AAAAAGGAAGAGCAGGUCUCAGCAUUAACAUUCAGUGGGGUGCCGUGGAAUCAGUUCAAAUGCUGGCACUGCUUGGGGGUUGUGGUUGACUUUUUUUUUCUUUUUUGAAAGUUUCUGGUGGGUGGAGCAUUUUGUAAUCCCUUUCAUGACCAAACUGUUUCAACUUCCUCUUGGGGGAAGUACUUUCCUGCUCUAGCCACACUAACUUUGCAGACGCGAACCUGAGGUAGCACGAGCAGUUUCAGCUACUAAAUGUGCCCCUAAACAAUUCAAAAUGAGAUUUCCGGGAAUAGUUGUAUGGCUUAUGUUCUGGACUGCUUGUGUAGCACAAGAUUGUAAUGAAGCCCCUCCAAGAAAAGACUCAGAAAUUCUGUCCGGUUCUUGGCCUGAAAAGUCUUACUCAGAAGGCACAAAGGCUACAUACAAAUGUCGCCCAGGAUACAGGACCCUUGGCACUAUCAUCAUGAUAUGCAGGAAUGGAAAGUGGGAAUCUCUUUACCCAUCAAGGAUAUGUCAGAAAAAGCCCUGUGGACAUCCUGGAGACACUGCCUUUGGUUCUUUCCAUCUUGCAGAAGGAACAAAGUUUGAAUAUGGUGCAAAAGUUGUUUAUACGUGUAAUGAGGGAUACCAACUGCUAGGUGAGGUGGACUACCGUGAGUGUGAACCAGAAGGAUGGACCAACGACAUCCCUAAGUGUGAAGUUGUCAAGUGUUUACCCGUGACAGAACCAGAGAACGGGAGAAUUGCUGGGGGUUCACUAGGACCGGACCAGGAGUACACCUUUGGGCAAGUGGUGAGGUUUGAGUGCAACUCAGGUCUCAUGCUCAAAGGGCCUAAAGAAAUACACUGCUCAACGAAUGGCGUUUGGAGUGACGGCUCCCCAGAAUGUGUGGAAAUUUCUUGUGAAGUACCAGGUAUUGUGAAUGGAAUAGCCAUAUCUCAGAAGAAAUUUUAUAGGAACAACGAACGACUUCAGUAUAAAUGCAACAAAGGCUUUGAAUACAGUGAAAGGGGAGAUGCUGUCUGCACGUCAUUUGGAUGGAGUCCCGUUCCCGCAUGCAAAGAAGUAACAUGUACUCCUCCUUAUAUUCCCAAUGGUUUCUAUGAACCUCAAAAACACAAAUACAGAACUGAAGAUACUGUCACGUAUGAGUGUAAAGAUGGCUUCUUUCCCACCACCCAGGGAACUACAGUGAAAUGCACCAUUACUGGCUGGGUACCUGCACCAAGAUGUGGUUUGAAACCUUGUGACUUUCCAGAAAUAAAACAUGGACGUCUAUAUGAAGAAGGCUAUUAUAGACCAUACUUCCCAGCACCAAUAGGAAAAUCUUAUUACUAUCACUGUGAUGAAAAUUUUGAGCCUCCUACACAAACUUAUUGGGGCCAAAUUUCUUGCACAAAAGAAGGAUGGAAGCCAAAAUUACUCUGCCGAAGAAAAUGUAUUCUUGAUUACUUGGCACAUGGACAAAUUCAACAAUGGAAAAGAAAAUACUAUCAAGGGGAAACUGCAAGAGUUACCUGCCAUUCUGGUUACAGUCUCGAAAAUGGUCAGAGUAUAGUAACGUGUACAGAAAACGACUGGGUUCCUCCUGCCAAAUGCCUCCCUGUCAAAACAUGUUUGAAAUCAAAGCUAGAUAUUGAGAAUGGCUUUCUUUCUGAGUCUGCCCCUGUGUAUUAUGUAAAUAAGGAGACAACAUAUAAGUGUAAGCCAGGCUAUGUAACAGAACAUGGCAAUACAUCAGGAAAAAUCAGUUGUUUGGAGCAUGGAUGGUCAGCUACACCUGCCUGUAUCAAAUCAUGUGUUAAGCCUGUCUUCACAAAUGCCAGAGGCAAAAAUGUCAGCACGUGGUUUAAGCUGAAUGACAAGGUGGAGUAUGAAUGCUACAGUGGAUAUGAAAGUAAAACUGGAAGUACCAGGGGUUCCAUUGUAUGUGGUGACAAUGGUUGGUCUGACCAGCCUAUCUGUUAUGAAAGAGAAUGCCAGAUUCCCAAAAUAGACAGAUAUUUAAGUGUUAAUCCCCGAAUUGAAAAACAAAAAGUUGGAUCAGUAGUGAAAUUCAGCUGCAGAGACAACCGUAAAAGAGUAGGACCGGAUUCAUCUCAGUGUUACCACUUCGGCUGGUCCCCUCAAUUUCCAAAAUGUAAAGAGCAAGUAGAGUCCUGUGUCCCACCUCCUGAACUUCCUAAUGGAGAAGUUAAGGGACUGCUGCAAGGAACAUAUGAACACAGUGACGUGGUGGAGUAUGUCUGCAAGCCGAGGUUUCUGAUGAAAGGCUCUGAUAAAAUUCAGUGUGUUGAUGGAGAAUGGACAGCCUUGCCUCAAUGCAUUGAGGAGAAGCGUACAUGUGGAGAUGUACCUGAACUUGAUCAUGGCUAUGCUGAGCCUUCUGACCCUCCCUACCACCAUGGAGAUUCCAUAAACGUCACUUGCGAAGAUGGAUAUACAAUGGUUGGAGACAGAUCACUCACCUGCAAUCGUGGACUGUGGACCCAACUUCCUAAGUGUAUUGCAACAAACGAACUUCUGGAUUGUAAACCAUCAAAUGUACUUACAUCUCCGCCACCCCAAUCAUCAUAUAGUCAUAAUUUUAAACUAAAUUACAAAUGUAGAGGAAAAUCAGAAAACAAGCAAUCAACUUGUAUAAAUGGAAACUGGGAACCUGAAAUUAACUGCAUGGAAGUACAGACACAACCAUGUGCACCUCCACCUCAGAUUCCCAAUGCUGAAGCCAUGACAACCACAGUGAAUUAUCAGGAUGGACAAAAAAUAUCUAUUCUCUGUCAAGAAAACUAUCUAAUUCAGGACACAGAAGAAAUCACAUGCAAAAAUGGAAAAUGGCAGUCACUGCCACAUUGUGUCGAAAAAGUCUCAUGUCCUCAGCCACCUCCUGUACAAAAUGGACAAAUUGCUUUGGAAAAAACAUUUGAGCAGGAGCUUUACCCACAUGGCACCAAAUUAAGUUACAUUUGUGAAGAGGGUUUCAGGAUAUCUAAUGACGAUGGGAUAACGUGUCAUAUGGGAGUAUGGAGUUCUCCACCUCAGUGUACAGGACUUCCUUGUGCACCUCCACCUGAGAUUUCACAUGGUGUCUUGUCUGAGAAGGCAGACAGUUACCACUUUGGAGACCAGUUCACAUACAGUUGUGUCGAAGGUUAUGGGAUUAACGGAGAUCCAUCCAUAACGUGUUUAGGAGCAAAGUGGUCCAGUCUACCAGAAUGCAUAAACACGGACUGUUCACAAUUACCCAGCUUUGACAUUGCCAAACCCAAAGGCCACACAAAGAAUGUAUAUCAUUCAGGAGAACAAGUGUCUUAUGCUUGUCCAGAGUUUCACCAAAUGGAUGGAUCCAAUAUUGUGCAGUGUAUUAAUGGCAAUUGGACAGGAAAUCCAACAUGCAGAGAUGUUUCCUGUAAGAAUCCACCCAGAGUGGAAAAUGCUAUUCUACCAGAGAAGGUGUCUCGGUACCAAUCUGGUGAGAGAGUUCGCUAUGAAUGCAAAAAGCCUUUUGACCUGUUCGGGAGCAUAGAAGUGAUGUGCUUAAAUGGGACCUGGACAAAUCCUCCACAGUGCAAAGAUUCGAAAGGAAAAUGUGGGACUCCUCCACCUAUUGACAAUGGAGACAUUACCUCAUCUCCAGUACCAGUAUAUGCCCCAGGCUCCACAGUGGAGUACCAGUGCCAAAACUUAUAUAAACUUGAGGGCAGGGCAAUUGUAAGAUGCUAUAAUGGAGAAUGGUCAAAGCCACCAAGAUGCUUAGAGCCAUGUGUGAUAUCAGAAGACAUCAUGAAUAAACAUAAAAUACAACUUAGAUGGAUAGAUAGGAACAAACUCUAUUCUCAAUCAGGGGAGCCUGUUGAGUUUUCAUGUAAACACAGGUACAGAUGGAUAUCACCAGAACCUCUUCGAACCAAGUGUGUAGAAGGCAGAAUAGCAUAUCCCACUUGUGGAUAAAGCAGUGGUUAAAAGAAAGUCAUCAGUCUGAAGUAUGAACAUUUAUUCAGGAUUUUCAAACUUAUCCAACAUUUCUCAACCUAUUUGUCAAGUCUUAUGUAACACAUUUUAUUCACAAAUUGUAAUAUAGGUUAAAAGUUUUGAGGAUUAUGUAAUCACUACAUUUCCAAAUGUAAUUAAAAGCUGGCAAAUUUAAAUUCCA